UAUCUAUGUAAGUCACUCACUGAGAGCAGAUCCCACACACACUCACACACACACAGAGGGAGAGAGAUUAAUGCUGCGAGCCACUACCUGCUGAAUCUGCUGUCUCCGUGGAAACGCCGAUGAGGCACAAUAAGGAGACGAAGAGUAGGAUUCCCCAGCCAGACGGUCCCGAGCGCGCACAGGAGGAGGAGAGGAGCCACUCUGAUUCGCUGGCAACCAUGGACGCCAAAGUGGAGCGCUUUCUCAAGUUAGGAUACUCUUACGCUGACAUCCUCAGGGUACUGGAGAGCCUCCGGCACGACGCCCAGACCAAUGACAUCUUGGAGGAGCUGAUAAAGACGUGCCACACUCGCACCCACAACAACAGGAGCGUGCCAAACAGCCCCAAGCUGGUGCCCAGAGGCUGCAGCCCCAGCCCCAGCCAAGCCAGACCGGGACCGGACAGAGAAGCGGCAGCUGUAUUCAGACCGGUUGUUAUAGACGGCAGCAACGUGGCCAUGAGCCACGGCAACAAGAAGGUGUUUUCGUGCCAGGGUCUCCAGCUGGCAGUAAACUGGUUUUGGGACAAAGGGAUGCGCGACAUCACUGUGUUCGUCCCCCUGUGGAGGAAGGAGCAGCCGAAGCCUGAGGCGCCCAUCACAGAUCAACAUAUUCUCCACGAGCUGGAGAGGAGGAAGAUCCUGGUGUAUACGCCAUCCCGCUGCGUAAACGGGAAGAGGGUGGUGUGCUAUGAUGACCGCUACAUAGUCAAACUGGCCUUUGACUCAGAUGGCAUCAUCGUGUCCAAUGACAACUACCGCGACCUGCAGACAGAGAACCCCCAGUGGAAGAAAUUCAUAGAGGAGAGGCUGCUGAUGUACACAUUCGCUAAUGACAAGUUUAUGCCUCCAGAUGAUCCUCUGGGCAGGAAUGGUCCCACUAUUGAUGAUUUUCUGAGAAAGAAGCCACGCACCCCAGAAAACAAGCUGCAGCACUGUCCAUAUGGAAAGAAAUGCACUUAUGGAGUAAAGUGUAAGUUCUACCAUCCAGAGAGGGCCAACCAAUCCCAGUUGUCAGUGGCUGAUGAGCUGAGGGCUCUAAGAGACAGAGACAGAGCCAAGAACAUCUCCCCUGCUGCAUAUCAGCAGGAGCACAGGUACAUCUCCUCCACCCCUCCACCUCUGGGCAUAGAUGAGCUGUCACACAGGGCUUCACCAGGGGAGCAGUCCAUCUGUCAGAGGGACACCAGCAGCCCGAGAAACCAAAUGAACUCGAGUCUCCAACACUGCCCGAGCCCAGAUAUAGAUGAAGCCUUCAGCUCCAUGGACAGCUCUCUGUCACGGCUCUAUAUCCAUGACAUGGCCCACAGCAGGGAGCAGCCUGUGCACAGCUGCAGCAGCGGGGUGGCCAGCUACAGCCUGAGUCAAGAUGAGUACUCUGGGUCGUAUGGUGGCAACGCCCCGAGGAUCUGCCUGAACGGGGGUUACUACGCUCAGCCAAACGGACUGGCAUCACGUGAGCCCCCCAUGUGUAGUCAAUGCAGGUGCUGUCACCAGCAGACCAGAAUAUCCCCAAACAGCCACCAGCAGCAGCAGCACCAGCACCACCACCUCCAGCAGCAUGGAUGGAGCUCAUGUCCAGCUCUACCACCACAUAAUGGGGAGCUUCCCUCUCAUUUUGCAGAGAAGCAAUACUACAGACAGCCCUCCCACAGACAGACCCACAGCUUGCCCAGGGACCCAUGGGUGCAGGGCAGCCUGUCUGACCCUAGGCUGAGCAGUGGGGCUAAGAGCCCACUGAGUGAGCGGAGGAAGGCUCUGAGGAUCCAGCUUAGCACCCUAUUCCCCCAGAACAUGGUAGAGCAAGUCAUGAAUGCUUACCCGCACGUGUCCGACAUGUCUGAACUGAUUUCUCUCAUCCAGAACUACAGAGCGAGCCACAUCACUUUCUAGAUCCCAAAGACUUUUUUUUUUUUUUUUUACAUUUCUUCAAACUGAGCCCAUGUUGGAGUUCUCAAAAAAGAAAAGAAAAGUGAAAACUGAAGAACGAGAGCACUUCUCGAAAUGACUGUGAAUUCAUUAUGACAGUUUGUACUGUGCAAAAUGAUUUGUCUUGCUUGAACAUGAUGCAAACUUACUCUUCAUUUGAAGCAUUACAAAGUGACACGAUCUGCAGAAAAUGUAGACCGAAUGCUCUCUCUUUAUCCUAGUGUAAAAGUGCAAUGCACUAAGCUCCAUACAAGCUACUUAUUGUAGCCUGAAAAAUGUUUUUUUUGUUUUAAAUAAAAGCAGCAUGUGUUGUUUUCCCAUGUUGCCUCAAAGUGAGGAACGCUAUAUUCUAUAUUUCUGUAAAGAAUGUCAUUUAUCUGUUUUAAUAUGAAUUCGAAUGCCUUGUUUUUGCUGAGAAAUAAAAGCGCUCAAACCAC